AUGGUUGAUGCUUCCACUUUUUCUAUCGGUGCUGUUGUCCAUUCGCAUUUUCCUAAAGGUCCUAAACCUCUUGCUUUCUUUUCUCGUAAGUUAUCAAAAACCGAAACUAAUUAUAGUACUUAUGAUGGAGAGCUCCUUGCAAUAUACGCGGGCGUAAAACAUUUCAGACAUCUUCUUGAAGGGCAAUGCUUCAUUAUUUACACUGAUCAUCGUCCUUUAACAUAUGCUUUUACCAAAAAUUCUGACACAUGUUCCCCGCGCCAACUCAGGCAUCUGGACUUCAUAUCUCAAUUCAGUACGGACAUCAGACAUGUCUCUGGUGAGAACAAUGUAGUUGCCGACACGUUAUCCAGAAUUCAGCAAAUUGGAAACUUUGAUGAACUGGUUACAGCUCAAAAAAGUGACACUAAACUUCAAGCUCUUCUGAGUGAUAAAAAGUGCUCGCUAAACUACCAGUCAUUACAUCUGACGGAUGGACUGCACAUAAUUUGUGACUCUAGCAAGCAAAAAGUUAGACCAUAUGUUCAGUUUAGGAAACCUAUUUUCUUUGCUUUCCAUAACCUAUCCCAUCCUGGUCUAAGAGCCACCAAAAGACUUGUCAUGGACAGAUACGUUUGGCCUGCUAUCGCCAAAGAUAUAGUCGAAUGGACCAGAAGCUGCCUAGACUGCCAGAGAUCCAAAGUCACCCGACACACUCGUAGUCCUAUCCAGCCAUUCAUACCACCUUCAGCAAGGUUCGACCAUAUACACCUUGACCUGGUCGGACCCCUGCCACUCUCCAAUGGGAACAGUUAUUUGUUUACGUGCAUCGACAGAUACACCAGAUGGGCAGAAGCAGUACCACUGGCGGAAAUUAAAGCUGAAACUGUAGCUAGAGCUUUUGUUGAACAUUGGAUUGCUCGAUUUGGUGUGCCUUCAAGAAUCACCACAGACCAAGGAAGACAAUUUCAGUCAUCGCUUUUCACGACAUUAGCUCAAAUAUUGGGCACUCAACAAAUUCGCACAUUUCCGUACCAGUCAGCAAUAGAAUGGUCGAUACUCUUGGGCCUCCACUCUGCUUUUAAAGAGGACUUGAAGUGUGCAUCUUCAGAAUUAGUCUAUGGUACAACCAUAAGGCUUCCAGCAGACUUUAUCGCUCCAUCAACAACUACCAAAAAAGACUUGCCAGAAGAUUUUGUACAGCAGCUAAAAAAAGCUAUGCAAACUCUGACUCCGACUCCAGGUUCUGCCCACUGUGAACCAGGAACAUUUGUGCAUCGUUCAUUAUCUGAUUGCAGUCAGGUUCUAGUGCGUCACGGUGGAAUUAAAAGGUCUCUCCAACCUCCCUAUGAUGGACCCUACCAAGUACUUGAGCGCACCCCAAAACACUUCACUGUGCUCAUACAUGGCAAAAGAUGCACAAUUGGCAUUGAUCGCCUUAAGCCAUGUUUCUCGACAGCAUCAGACGAGGUGUUGACAGGACAAAAAGCAACCCCUAGUGUAAACAUCAGUGAUUCUCUGGAUCCUACUCCAGAAGACAAGGACCCUGUGAUCCAACCCCAGACCAUCACACGCUCUGGAAGGCAUGUUCGCUUUAACCCUCGUUACCUCUGA